AUGAAAAUUACCCAAAUUCAAACGUUUGAUAAGAGGUUUAGUUCAGUUAGGAAAGAAUCUAAAGGAGUAAAUGCAGGUGUUCAAGGAGAAAUACCACCAAAACUUGAAGAGAUCAAACCAGAUUUUAUGAAAACUCAGAGAAAUGAGAAGGCAAAAUUUCAUUCAUUAAUGAAUAAAUAAUAAUGAUGAAAGAAUUUCAUUGCAGAGGAAGUCUGGGUUCCCAAGAUUAAGGAACUCUGAAAAUCCCCUGAAGCCUAAAAUAGGAGAAGAGUCUCCUGCUCGAAGUACAGAUUAUGGUAGUUUUAAUAAAAACCAUUUGGAAAAUCCCCAAUUUCAUAGAAAUCAGAGAAACGCCAAAAGCACUUUUAGAAGCAAGAGGGGUAGCCAUAGAAAAUUUGGAGCAAGACAUGUAUCAAUUGAACCAAAGAAUAACCAUGAUCAAGACUGAUAUGACAAACUAGGCAUGACACAAGUGGCUGUCCUACACCAUUUCGAUAGUAUAAGAAUCCCAAAACCUGGUUUUAAGAGUUUUGAUUCCAACACUCAGAAAUUUGCAUUAAAAGAUGUCCACCAAGAUUUUUGUCUGAAUAUCCAGAUAGAUAAGAUCAGAAAGGAAAUCAAGAAUAAACCUAAGCUCAAUAACACAGCUGUGAUUUAUACAAAAUUGCUGAAUAAACAGCAGCUAAAAACUUUUGAAUUCCAAGAUCCAGAUUCAAAAUUAGUUGAGAAGAAUAACAAGCAGAACUACCAAGAACAGAAAAUCACUGAUUAUAAGGUUUGGAACAAGUUAAAGAAGAAGAAGCUAAAAGGAAACAAUGUGCCAAGUUUUCCAUCAAAUAGCAGUUUGGGCUCAAAGAUCAAGUCUUCAUAUGACAAGCGUAAAAUUUCCCCAAAAAUCUCAAGAUCUUCUGUAAAUAGUCCCAACAUCAAUUAUUUGUCACCUGAGAAAGUGAUUAAGAUCCAUAAAUUUAUUGAUAAGAAGACUAGAAAGACAGUUUUGAAGAAGAAGAAUCCUCAAGUGGAUAGUUCCCAAUUCAAUUACAACUUAUCUCAUUAUCCAAGUGAGCAUGUAAAUCCAUUGACUGACGACUUGUUGAGUAACUUCCUUAACCAGACAAACGAUUAUGGCAAUCAGAAAGGAGAUUAA